AUUUUUUACGUGUAGGUAAGGGGGUCAUUGUUUGUUGUUUUAUUUUUAUUAGUUGCAUUAAUAGUAUAAAAACCUGUGAAGACAAGACGACAUUGACAGCAGUUGAACGGAGUUAGUUUAGAGGUUAAUUAGAAGAUAUAUUAUAUGAAGAACUUGAGGUGUACCAAUAAAUUAAUUCUUCACAGAGAAACACUACAAUAUAAUCCAAAUCAGUCCAUAUGUCGAGUACAUCUAUUUUAAGUUCAAUAAGUAUUCCAGAAGGUGCUUAUGGUCAAGAGUGUGGCAUCAAAAGGCAAAGAGAAUCAUUCCCUUCUUCUCCAGACCCUUUACCUGUUGAUGUUCAAGAAGAAAUAGAUUGUUUAUAUGAGUUUGUACCUGAAGUAUCUGAACAUUUUAUAGUAUUAAACAAGAUAGGAGAAGGUACUUUCAGUUCUGUUUUCUUAGCUAAAUUAAAGAAAUAUCCUGAUGUAGAAGAGAAAUUUGCUUUAAAACAUAUUAUACCUACUAGUCAUCCAUCUAGAAUAGAAGGGGAAUUAAGAUGUUUACAAGAAAUAGGUGGAUGUGAUAAUGUUAUGGGUGUAGAAUUAUGUCUAAGGAACAGAGAUCACGUUGUUAUAGUGAUGCCAUAUUUCCCACAUGAAAAAUUCCAGAAUUAUGUAAUGAACAUGAGUACAGCAGAGGUAAAGAAUUAUAUGAAGAAUUUAUUAUUAUCAUUACAACGAGUACAUCAGUUUGAUGUUAUACAUAGAGAUGUUAAACCUAGUAAUUUUUUAUAUAAUCGAAAUACAAAACAAUAUGCUCUGGUAGAUUUUGGAUUAGCUCAUAAAGCUCCUGUUUUACUCAAAUCUGAUAAUGCAGGUGGUGAAAAGAUAGAUGAAAAAACAUGUUUACGACAACCUCUGUCCCCCACGAAAGUUUCCAAUAAAAUGAUCACAUCAAAGGGUGAAAGUUUAUCAUCAAAAGAAAUCUCUAAUAAAAAUAGUCGAUUGGGAUCAAGAGAGAACAAAGUGACCCCACAGAUAAAGAAAUGGUCAGCUAAUCAUAAGCCAUACACACCUCCUACACCCAACAUGGAUUCUUUAGCUUUUACCAAAAAUGUCAAAUCACCCAGGCGAUAUCUUCUCGCUAAAAGAGCUCUUAUGGUUAAAGAUAAAGAAGUCACAUCACAGUCAAGAGUUUCAAGUAACGGUGCUAUGGCAACCAAUACGUGCCACUGCCAUGGUCAGCCUAUGAUAUGUAGUAUUUGUACAUCUAGAAGUAACCAGACAGCACCUAGAGCGGGUACACCCGGUUUUAGAUCACCAGAAGUUUUAAUGAAAUAUCCUGAUCAAACAACAGCUGUAGAUAUAUGGUCAGCUGGUGUAAUAUUUUUGUCUUUACUAAGUGGAAGAUAUCCUUUUUUUCGUGCAAAUGAUGAUGUUACUGCUUUAGCUCAGAUUGUUAGUAUUUUUGGCAGCGAAGAAGUCAAAACGGCUUCAAAGUCAUUUGGUAAAAUAUUAGUAUGUAAUCCACCUACCUCAGCUCUUAAUCUACAAACCUUAUGUAAUAAAUUACGUUCAGUCGCACCCUUCAGAUCAUCUAAACAUCAACGUAAAGACAUGUCACAAAAUAAAGAAAAUAUUAAAGACUGGGAAAAUAUUUCCUCAAAUGCUUUUAAUUUAUUGUUUAAAUUAUUGGAUUUAAAUCCAAAAACAAGAAUAACAGCAGAAAUGGCAUUGAAGCAUCCUUAUUUUAACAGCAGUUAACAAGAAAUGUAUUUAGCAGUUUGAAAAAAUAGUGUUUGUCAAUUGUCUCUGAAGACAAAUGAUCUAUAUAAAGCUCAAUUUUAUUUUCUCUCAAAUGAAAUAAUUAUUUGAAUGUUAAAAUUGGGAAGUUUUAAAUGUAAUUAUUAAGAAUUUUAAUAGAAAAUGAAAUAUUAGCAGAUUGGUGGAUUGUUACAUUGAUGACAUUUGCAAAUGACACAAUAUUAAAAAUUUCAAACUUAUUAUUUCACGACUUAGAAAUAAAAUCUGAGAAGAAAAUAUAAAAAUAAAAAUUCGAUAGAAUUAAUUUAUAUGACCUUAAAUUAUUAUUACAGAUAUUCAAAUUUUAAACUUUUAUUUCAUCGUCAGAUGCAAAUUUUGUCAAAAGAUAAACUACAUGUCUUGUAAAUAGUCUGGUAUUACAAAGGAAAGGGUGAAACAAAAGUUUAUAUAAUUUUGACAAUGAAUUUUCAGUGUUAUAUUACAAAUAACAUCUAGACAGUAAAUUAUUUUUUCAACAA